AGGAUAUUGUCCUCGGGCGAGUGUCGCAACAGUAGCUAUAACUGAAAUAAAGCAUGAAAUGCGUUGUGCGGUAUUUAUCAAACGAGAUUCCUUUGUAUUGCGGUAGUUUGGCCUGCAGUUAUUUUAAAUUUUACUUUUAAACGCUCCGGCCAGAAUCCAAGCCUUGCGCAAUUUCAUUUGACAACGUGCGAUGCCUGUUUGGAACUGAUGCUAGUAAAUGAACCGGCGAUUUAAACGUCGGGAAUGGAUAGAAGUAAAAUCAGGAACGUGUAGCAGCCUCGCACAUUUUGAAAAGUGCAUUAUUCCGACACAUCCCCCAACUCCGGUUUGUUAGCUGGCUUCCAUUGGCAGGAGCCUCACGCUGGAGGAGGAGCCCGCUGUGGAGCAUUAACUUGCACUGGCACUGGCCUCCCAGUAUAGGUCGUUCGACUGGCUCUGCGUGCUGCCCGGACUUACCGUGAGCCGCAUUCGCUUUAUCAAUCAGCCCGAUCGGCAAAGACCUGAUGGGUUAUCAGCGCAUCCCUUUGGCUUUCGCAACCGGCGCCGGACUCACCUGAAGAGCGUCUAUCCUGCGAUCGAGGCUAUCGGGACUGUUGGGCGUUAUUGCAGGGCGAAAGACGGACGGCGGUCGGGCGACUAGCGGCGGCGCAUCUGUGUCGCUCCGAAAAGUCACUACAGCCAGAGCGCAGUUUAGAUUGACAAUGUCCGUGAGCAGCCACGAGAACCGAAAGUCCCGAUCAAGUUCUGGAUCUAUGAACAUCUAUCUGUUCCACAAGGCGUCGCAUGCAGACAGCCUCCUGACGCAGUUAAACCUCCUGCGGAAGCGCUGCAUCUUCACUGAUGUGGUGCUGCGGGCCGGCAACCGUGCCUUCCCCUGCCACCGCGCUGUGCUGGCCUCUUGCAGUCGCUACUUCGAGGCCAUGUUCAAUGGGGGGCUCAAGGAGAGCCGUGAUGCUGAGGUCAACUUCCAUGACUCACUGCACCCUGAGGUGCUGGAGCUCCUCUUGGACUAUGCCUAUUCGGCCCGGCUCAUCAUCAACGAGGAGAACGCAGAGUCUCUCCUGGAGGCAGGAGACAUGCUCCAGUUUCACGACAUCCGAGACGCGUCGGCCGAGUUCCUAGAAAAGAACCUGCACCCGUCUAACUGCCUGGGCAUGAUGCUACUGUCCGACGCCCACCAGUGCGAGCGGCUGUACGAGCUGUCCUGGAGGAUGUGCCUGGCCAACUUUGCGUCUCUCUUCAGGACUGAGGAUUUCCUCCGUUUGCCCAAAGACAAAGUUCAGGCCCUGAUUUUCAGCGAGGAGCUCGAGGUGGAGGAUGAGAGCCUGGUGUACGAAGCCGUAAUUGCCUGGGUAAAGGCCGACAUUCAGAGGAGACAUAGUCACAUCCCCGAGCUGCUGCGAUUUGUACGCCUUGCCCUUCUCCCAGAAUCGUACCUGCUUAAGAAUGUUGUGUCAGAGGAGCUAGUAAUGGGUCACAAGCUGGGUCGGGAGAUAGUCGAUGAUGCGGUCCGUUGCAAGAUGAGGAUCCUGCAGAAUGAAGGUGUUGUCACCGGCUUCUGUGCCAGACCCAGAAAGGUUAGUCAAGCACUUCUGUUGCUGGGCGGCCAGACGUUCAUGUGUGACAAGGUUUACAUGAUAGAUCAUAAGACCAAGGAGAUUACCCCCAAAACGGACAUCCCCUCUCCUCGGAAGGAAUGCAGCGCCUGCGCCAUUGGGUGCAAGGUUUAUGUCACCGGUGGCAGGGGCUCCGAGAACGGGGCCUCCAAGGACGUGUGGGUUUACGAUACGCUUCACGACGAGUGGUCAAAAGCCGCACCCAUGCUGGUGGCCAGGUUUGGUCACGGAUCUGCGGAGCUCGAUCACACCCUAUAUGUCGUGGGUGGCCAUACUUCUUUGGCUGGCUCCUUCCCGGCUUCCCCGUCGGUGUCCCUCAAGCAAGUGGAGCAGUAUGACCCACAGGGGAACAAGUGGACUUUGGUCGCCCCACUGCGGGAAGGAGUGAGCAACGCUGCCGUUGUAGGGGCCAAGAACAAGCUUUUUGUGUUUGGCGGCACCAGCCUCAACCGGGACAAGUUCCCUAAGGUCCAGUGCUUUGACCCAUGCGUGAACCGCUGGACAGUUCCUUCCAUUUGCCCGCAGCUCUGGCGCUACACUGCUGCCGCCGUGGUGGGCAGCCACGUCGUCGUCAUCGGCGGCGACACGGAGUUCUCCGCCAGCUCCGCCUACCGCUUCAACAGCGAGACCUUCCAGUGGUCCAAAUUCGGGGACGUCACGGCCAAGAGGAUCAGCUGUCACGCUGUCGCAUCCGGCAAUCGCUUGUAUGUGGUCGGGGGUUACUUCGGAGCACAGCGCUGUAAGACCUUGGACUGCUACGACCCGUCCACAGACACAUGGGACAGCGUUACCAGCGUGCCGUACUCUCUAAUCCCAACAGCGUUUGUUAGUACUUGGAAGUACCUUUCUGCAUAGGAGUGAAACCGCACCAGUCUUAUCGGCAAAUCUGCAUGGAAUGUGCUUAUGUAGCCCCCCCCCCCCCCCCACCGCCUGCGGAAUUCUAAGGGGUGAGUGGAGCUGCAGCUGAAAAGAUGAACACCCCUCUGCUCUGGUGAUCACACAAACCUCGUGCCAGAUUUGCUCCUUUGGUCAGGAGGAAAAACAGUGGACCCCCCCCCCCGUUUUAUAUUUGUUCUCUAUUUGAAUGUGUCUGUGUUUCCACGUUAGCGACUCUGGGGGGGGUUCAGAACGGAAGCAGGGAAGCUGGUGAAAAUGCAGAGAAGUUUAUGGGGUCCACUGAGGCUGUGGGGGGUCCUCUGGCCUGGAGCGAGGCACACUGCGGACACACAUGGGGGGUGUUCCAGCCUUCAGGGGGCGCCUUGCCCACCCUCAGCUGAGCGCGACGUGCUGGACGAGACCUGCUUGCAUAGAGGGAGGGGGGGGACAGCUAAUUUAAGCCAAAUGGCUUUAAGAAGUCCACCAGUGCCCAGGAGGGCGACGCCAGUGCCCAGGAGGGCGACGCCAGUGCCCAGGAGGGCGACGCCAGUGGUUAAACCAGCCGGCGGGUAGCCGGGUCGAUAGCGGUCUGACGUUUUGUGAGGGGUUUCGCUUCUUUCUGUCACUCGCUGGCCUUUCUGAGUGAAGCAGACACGCUGUAAAACACUGGCCGCCAUCUUUAGGCAGAGCCUCUCUCGUACUUAACGGUAUUUAUAUCUCUGGGCACAAAUUGGCUUCUGUUUUUGGCGUCUAAAUUCGUCUUCUAUCACUGCUAAAGUAGCUAUGCAGAGAAUGUUGGACACAUGAAUGAAGUUUUGUGUGUGUGUGUGUGUGUGUGUGUGUGUGUGUGUGUGUGUGUGUCUGUCUGUGUGUGUUUGUGUGUGUGUGUGUGUAUGUGUGCGUGUGUGUGUCUGUGUAUGUGUCUGUGUUUGUCUGUGUGUGUCUGUCUGUGUGUGUCUGUCUGUGUGUGUGUGUGUAUGUGUGUGUGUUUGUGUGUCUGUGUUUGUGUGUGUGUGUGUCUGUGUCUGUCUGUCUGUGUGUGUGUGUCUGUGUUUUUUGUUUGGAUCCUCAGGGUUUUUUUUUCUUGUCCCAUCAUUUAUUCACUUUUCUUUACACCUUGACUACUGCGUUAAACCAGAAUUAAUACUGUAAAUAUUUGCUGUAUGUUGCUGUAUUGUGGCAGUCUGACAGCUGGCCCUAUUGGUUAAAAAUACUGGACAUAUUUACAGCAGUAAGAUUGUUGUACUCUGGAAAUGUGUAAGGAGCAUGUCUGUCCAAGUCCUGUUGACUUGUCUGUUUAUGAUUUUAGCUUUUUCCUCUUCAUGUCUUGUACAGUCUUAUUUUGCACAUCAGUUAGACUUAGUCUUACUUUUAAUAUUUAAUACUUUGUCCCUUGAGCAACAUGAAUGAUUCUCUCAUCUUGCACAUCUCACUGAAUGUCUUGCCCCAGUAAUGGCCUGUUGCUGGGCGUUUCGAGAGCCAGAUGGUCUGAUGACAUGAAAUCUUACUGCUUGCUGUUCAGGUGGCAGUCCGGUGCCUGUGUCGCAAUAGUUUCCCCGUCACAUAAAUAAACUUUUGUAGAGGACUUAAAAAAAGAGUGAUUAUUUCAUUACAUCUAUUGGAAUUUGAGUCAAUCUAAACUUCCUCACGUACCUGCAGGCUCAGAAAUGUAUCCGAAAGAUUUGUUUGUUGGUUGGGCACCCAGUCGACUUGCAGAGGUUUUCUUCCCCUACACAGGAGUUUUAGAAUUAGAAUUUUAGAAUUUGAUCAGUGAUCAUUGUUGACUCCCCACAGCACACAGUGCACAAUAACGAAAUGUGUCCUCUGCAUCGAACCCAUAUGUGACAUUUUGCUUCUCCCAUCUGUUUCAUGCACCAUUUUGUAUAAAUGAUGUAAUAAUGGAUUGGCACACAUUCUUUUCAAGUGCUUUGGGGCAACUUUGUUACGAAAUGGCCUUUAUAGAAAUAAAAGAUGAAAUGGAUAAGGUGUAUGUCAGUGAGGAAACAAAGUAAAGGCUGUUCUAUGCUAUUUUUUGCUUUUUAAAAAAAAUUUAGAACAAAGGAUGCAGCCAGCCGGUCACACCGCCUAAAAUUAAAAGCAAACCUCACAGCCCCGAUCCCCACUCCUUGUGAAUGCACGACUUGCACCAAAGUUCAUAGUCCGUCUGGCCCCCCACUAAGGAUCUGACCUGCUUUUCUCACUUACAGUAAGGAAUCCCAUCCGAGUUCACCACAGUCUAUACAGGAGUGUUAUUAAUCCCAGAAUGACCUUGAAGCGAUCGCACGUGGAUGUGUGAGAUCCACCUCGGCUUUCCCGGGAAUCUGACACACCCCUCAUUACUCCCAGCCUCACGCUGAGGAUUCACUAUGGGUCUGGCCAGGAUGCUCCUUCCCUCAAAGCGGAACGGUGUCUCUGUUGCAUUCCUGCUGAAUUCCAGAGGCAGGCCGGGUGACGUUCCGGAGCCAGACGGGCCUGGCCUUGCCAUGGAAAGGUGAGACCAGGAGCUGCUCUUUCUGCCGGCGCUUUCUGCCUUGGCUAGCAUACGGCGUGGGGUUAGGGUUGGAUCCCUCCUGGGGGGUGGGCGACAGACGGAGGAAAUGGAGAACAAUAUGAGUCAGUGAAGCUGCCCUUCUGCCACCGUAUCUGAUAACCGCAAACAGUCACCGAGAUUCUUGGGGGAAAAAAAACGACAGGAAGUGUAGGGCAUCCAGAGCAUCUCUGGCUGCUGUGUUAUCGGUGAGAUAGGCUCUUCCCCCUCUGCUCCGCCAUGGCACCUCCCUGCCAUAAGAAGCAGGCCCCUGAGCGGCCGGCGUGCUGCUGGCCGUGCCAGACUGGGGAGGCCGUGCCAAAGAGCACAGCUGUGCACGCUCUCAGAGUACGGGGGCGGAGUAACCAGAGGACAUCUGAAGACAAAGUGGAACCAGUUCUGACUAUCAGUAAUGGAUAACCUUUACCAGAGGCGUACACUGGGCCUCCUCUACCCUGCCAUCCGGCACAGCAGGCCGGCGUGCUGCUUCUCCUUCUGUUUGCCUUGGUUUUUAAGUAAACAUUCAGUUGUGUGUAUUACUUUUGGUAUAACUGCUGCACGGGAUGGUGUAUUUAGUAUAACUUAGCACAAGGCAACUGGUAUAGAAACUUAUCUAUAAAGAAAAUUGUCACAAAUGCACAUCCUAUAUUUCACAUUUUGUUUGAUAAAUGCAUCUGACAGGUGAACACAUUUCCAUUAAUCCGUAAACUGUUGUAUUUUAACGCCGGAACGCAUUUGCUAAUUCACCUGAGAAUAUACGGCCCUGCUGAUAAAUAACCCAUGGCCCGGAUUUUAGUGCCAGGCAGCAGUAGCUAAUUAAGGCUGAAAUAAAGAAAAACUACAGAAAGGUAAAAAGUGUCAUCCAACAUAAAUAAAGAAGACCGUAAAAACCCUUAAAUUUGAUAAGCACCACGACAAUAGUCCAAAGAGCCCUUCCUGCUUAAAAGUGACAUCAUCAUUUUUGGUGAAUGCAGCCCAUUCACACACACUCUGUAUUUAAUAACAAUUCAAACACGCAGAAGAAGGAGAGACAUCUCAUUUUCAAACAGAAAUCCGGAGCCAGGUUAUGAGGACGACGAGCUUUUCAAUGGACCCAUUGUUACGGGAAAAUAUCAUGCCGGCUGUUUCAAACCGAUUCCACCAGCGGCACAAUAAAAGGAAAAAACAGCCGUUUGGCUUUCAGCGUCGUACAAACACAAGAAGCAGAGCGACGCAUACAGAAGGAAAGGGAUGAAAGGGUCUGAGGAAAUGGGGCAGUGCUCCGUGCUGUGUGCGUGUGGGAGAGAGAGCUAGAGAGACAGACUGGGGGGGGGGUCACAUGUUUGUUCUGACCCUGAGGAAAAUGAGGCCAGGGUGUGGAAUGGGUCAGCUACCCAACUGCGGCAUGAGUCUGCAGUGCUGAGACACACAGCUGCCCUGGAACACAAAACUCCCCCUGAAUCAGCUCAGCAACCUUCUGCCAGCCCCUCCAAGGCGCACGGGAGGGGGGCACUGGCCUACAGUGAAAAACAAAGCGAGCUCAGGUCUUAAACUACUCAAACCAGACAAGGACAACUGGCAGAUUUCAUUACACUGGAACAAUGCACCAUGAAAAGUACCCUGAGUGGCAUAUUGCUAUUCAGGUAGAUAAUAUAAAUGUUUGAAACGAAAAAGGCUACAUGAAGGCUAGGAUGGGGGCAGUUGGGGGGUGGGCAUAGAUUCAGACCACGUUCGGUGAUGCAGGUUAUGCCACCGUUAGCGUUUGAGCCACGGACCACGAUAGAGUUAACCCCUAACCCUAACCCUUGUCUUUGGCUGCUGCAGUGGCCCUGACAGUGACAGGUGCGUGAUCGGUGCCUAGCGAUCGCAGACAACGUGCUAAACCACCAGCGCCUUGGAGCACUGGCUGGAUCUGCGGCACCUCUCACAUUCGGCUGCCCUCCCACUGGGUCAGGCUAAGAUGCCAUCGGGCUCCGCCCACUAGCAGUCGUCGCCAUGGCGAUCCCUCUGACUCCACCUCCUCUGUGCCUCUUGUACCUCCAGUGCAUGACGAAGCUGAGGUAUUACCCAUCAUCUUGGGAGCCCUGGCUGGAACAUAGGGUGGUGUUACAUUGACCACAGAGGAUCCUCUGGAGGUGGAACAGUCACAUGUGCUUCUAGCUCAGCUGCUACCUCUUUUCUCUUUGAGACACUUUCUGCAAAAAUUAUAUGCCAAAGUAAAUGCCUACAGCAGUGUGCAAGCCAGUCGUAUAAAGAGGCAAAUUGGUUUUAGAACAAAUGCUCAAAGGCUGUACAAUUAGCCUACAACUGAACGUAAAUCCUUUUCCUGCCGCUUUGAGGUGUCUCCGGUCUGUUCCAGCGGCCUGUUUCUUGGCAGAGUGCAACAUGGAUCCUAUUCUUAGCGUUCGCAGGCAAAGUGCCGCUCGCACAAAUUAGCAAGUGUUUGUCAGGGACCCGGUCGCAAUGGCCCGUGCAGCUGGGUCGGCACGGAGAGCUUAAUGGCUGUUUACACAAUAGGAUAAUUGCACAGUAACUGCAGCAGGCAGGCAUGGAUCAUUGUA